UGCCAAUCGAUAUCAUCGACUGGAAAAGGGAAAAAAACAGUCACUCAUCUUCCAACUUCCAAACAACAGCUUCUCUCAAAUCAUUGAAGAAAUUAGUGUCAAGAUUCGCUGAAAACUCGAAGAUAUGGCGAGCAGAAGAAUAGAGUCGUCGAAUUACAGAAACCCAUGUAUAACAAUGCACCAACCGUGGGCGUCUCUGCUUGUGUAUGGCAUCAAACGGAUUGAAGGCAGAUCUUGGCCCUCCCCAAUUCGAGGACGGCUGUGGAUUCAUGCAGCAGGUAAGGUUCCCGAACCAGAGACAGUCAAAGCUAUGGAAGAGUUUUACAGGGAGAUCUACAAACUGAAUGGAGUAACAGAUAUUAAAUUCCCUGAGCAUUACCCGGUUUCCAGACUUCUCGGCUGUGUUGACGUGGUAGGUUGCCUUACUUGUGAAGAGCUAGUAAAUUGGGAAGCUAUACCUGCAUCGGUGAGAGUAGAAGGACAGACAGCUUUUUGUUGGCUCUGCGAGAAACCUCAGAGAUUGAUCGUUCCAUUUGAAAUGCGCGGAUUCCAGGGUGUUUAUAAUCUGGAAAAGAAGAUAUAUGAAGCCGCUGUCAGAGGUCUCUCUUCCGUCAAAGCACCACAGCCAGUUACUUUCCCCCUUCCAGAGCCACGAGACCGGUUCUCUCUGAAACCUGGUUCACUUGCUUCUUUUCCGAGUUGCACAAGCACCUCAGCAGAGGAGAAACCUCCUAGCCUCGUUGCAGCAAUUGCUGGCGCUAGAGCAGCUGCAACCCAAUUCUCCAAGAACAAUAUCCCCAGAGCUCCUAAGACAGGCAGUAUUGAAGGUAAUGGGAAACCAAUCUCUACGAGAACAGGGGAUAAAUCUAAGGAGUGGUUGCCGGUUCAACGAGCUGGUGGUGAUACACCCGAUAGCUCCUCUAGUAAAAUUGGCUUAUGAUUAGUGGCGUAGUUGUUUUAAUAAACGAUGUGCUACCCUAGGUGUGUGUUUUUAUAGACGCUCUCUCCGUACAUAUGGAAUUUAGUCAUGUUUUUUUUUCCCAUA